UGUCUACGUCUGUUCGUUGAUUGGCUAAAAGGAGCCCAUGAGUUGAAAGGUUGAAAAUAUCCGAGUUGGGAGGAAGAGAGCUGAAAUACCUUCUGUUUGGACGUCGCAACUCAAGCAGUGCUGCUUUAAAUUUCAAACAUGAGUGGUACCAUUCGCCAGAUUUGUCUCCGUUCCAACCCGGCUACCCCCCACUUCCUGCGAGUGGACUGGGCUGAAGAUCUGGGUGCUGGCUUCACAUUAGUUCUCACUGAUGGCCGCUCCACAUGGAUUGGAGAAGUUUCAGAGGAUGAGGUGACAAGGGAAGCCAAAGACUUGGGUGUUGCAAGAGAGAGAUACGUUGAGGAUCUACUGCAAGCUUUAACAAAAAGUGAAGAAAGAAAGCCAGAAGAUGAUGAGGAGUUGUACUCAUUUCACAUCUCUCCAGAUCACAGUCUUCUAUCAUAUCAGAAGAUCUCUAAGAACAUUUGGAUUGACUUGGGCUCUGUGGAGCUCCAGCCAGCUCCAGACCCCCAGGAGCUCACCCAGGAGAUGAUCAGGCACGCUCUGCAGCGCAGCACAAGCCUGAAGAAAGAAAACUCAAGACUGUUGGAGGAAAAUUAUAGACUGAGACAGGAUCACCAGCGAAUAGUCACAGAGUUGGAACAUCAGGUUCAUCAAAAGGAGACAUUAGAGAUGGAGCUAUACUCACGUUUUGUCAUGGUGUUGAAUGAGAAGAAAGCUAAGAUCAGAGGGCUGCAGGAUGCUGUUCACCAGCUUCACCGGGCUGAUGAUCAACACAGAGAGGAGGAGCGACCGCACAGUGACAAAGAUGCAACUCAGGGUGGAGGCAGCAUUCAGAAUAAAGAGGCCAACAAGGGCAUCCAUCCAUCUCAGGAGCCAACUAUCCUCAUCACAGGACGUGAUUUGGUGUCUCAUGGUGUCACAAUUGACACAACGUUUUCUGAUGAUGACGACGAGCAGCCGAGACGGAAGAGACAUUUGCUUUGCACCUCGAGCCCAGAUUCAUCUGAAGAUUAAUAGAACAGAGUUGCGUGCUCCAUCGGUCACAUGAAAACAGGCUCUUUGACGUUCUCCGGUGCUUCUUCGUGAACUGCUUGUGUCGCAGCUAACAUCGCUGGGGGAGCGUGUCAGAGAACCUGGACAAGGUGUAAGGAAGAGUUGGACUUCACACACUUCACACACUCAGCUCUGUGUGAGAUCGAGGAAACGGUCCCACCACCAAGAAACUGAGGCCGCCUUGUUAUUCCCUCUUUUCAUUAUGAAAAUAAACAAAAUGCCAUCUCUUUAAUUUUCACCCUCUAAAGUAGCAAUCUGCUGAAGAUAAUUUAACCUCAAUCUUUUUUCUUGGUUUGCCCUUUCUUCUCUAAAUGUCAUGUGGCCCUGUGGUGUUUUGUUCUAAAUUAAUAGGUUUAUUUGGUGUUUAUUCCCCCACUUCAUCUUUCACCUCAGCCACCAGUGUUUUCAAGUUUCCGCUGUUGUGUCUCAAUACUGGGAGCAAUGAGCCGACCCGCUCUGGGUAUUUAUCUGACUGUUCAGCCUUUGGCUUUUCUUGUAGUCUUUUGUCAUUUUGAUGAUACCCUUUUGUCUGUUGAGGUCUACGGGUGGCCACCUGAAUAAUCCUGCAGCAGUGUGUUCUCGCUGGAUAAAUAAUCCCCACAAGAAUGCCAUACUCUCUCCUCUCCACUCAGCAUGUGUUAGGUGUUUUACAAAGAGAGAGAGGGACGUCAAAGGCGGAUUUACUGAUGAGUGCACAACGACGAGAUGAGAUGAAGCGGGAGAGAUUUGGGGACUGAUUAGAAAAUUUCAGUGGUUUCAUUCAAAAUGUGAAUACUGAAUACAAAUAUGUUUAACUUUUGUGUGUGUUUUACAAAAAAAUUAUCUUUCAUUCAAGAACAAUUGAUUUAACAAGUUAAAAA